AUGUCCGCCAAGCGCACAGGCCAAGCGCCCAAGCGGGUAUCGUUUUCCCUGCCCAGCCAGAGCCCAUGGGCAGCUCCGCUACCUUCUACGCCAACUCCACGACGUGUCUUGCCAAAUCCAAACACUGGGUUGCAUACUCCGAACACAUCAACUCCAAGUCCAAACACCGUCUCAUCAACUUUAAAUUGUCACUUGCAAACCCCGAACAGCUCCUCGUCAACUUCAAAGACUGGCUUACGCACUCCGACUCGCAAUCCGUCACGCCAGCCCAGCUCCAAAAAUCUUGUCUCCAGGCUCUCACCUAAUUGGAAUUUCAAUGAGCAAGACACAGCGCUGAUCCGUGCUGGAUACGAACCCCAGUGGACUCCCAAGCUACCCGACACAACAUCUACCUCAACUGAAAAGGGUAAGAAAGAGCCCGCAACCAAGCCCGCCAUGGCUGAACCACGCGCACGUAUGGCCCGGCACAAGGGCCAAAUGAACUUCCAGAAUGAGCUUCGCCUGCUACUUCUCGCUUACGGCGACCCCAGCCCGCACCCGAGCUUCCCAAACGAACCACUUCCUGAGACCGUCCGCGUGCUGGACGAAAUCGUCACCGACUUCGUGCUGGAACUCAGCCACGGCGCUGCGCAAAUCGCGCACCACGCUCGCCGUCAGAAGAUCAAAGUUGAAGACUUCCGCUUCGCAUUGCGUCGUGACCCAAACAAGCUUGGACGUGUCCAGGAGCUGCUGCGCAUGGAACGUGAAUUGAAGGAAGCCCGCAAGGCAUUUGACCAGAAUGAUGAUCAGGUUGCUAAGGAGGCUGGAAAGAAGGGCGCUGCCGCUGCGGCGGCGGCUGCAGCUGCUGGUGAGGAUCCGGUGGCCGCUGAAGCUGCUGCUACUGCUACUGUCUCCAAGAAGAGCAAGGGCAAGGGGAAGAGAGGUGCUAUGGCCCGCCGUGGAUCUGAUGCUACUGAGGAGUCGGUUUCGAAGAAGCGCAAGACUGGCUGA